AUGUCAUUUACAGCAAAAGAACUACGCGAAAUGAUAAAUUUGCCCAAUACACGUUUUCACAUAGAUGUUGAAUUACUUAGAUCAGAAAUAAAAGAAAACGAGCAAUUAAUCGCUAAAGAUCGUACGCUCAAGAGAAUAUUACAAAUUUUAGAGAAAGGAGUAACGAUGGAUACAUCCGGUGAAAAAUCCUGGACGCUUAAAUACCUGAGAAGUCCGUUAGAAUUAAUAUUCACUAACAAUAAUGUCAAUACUGGUGCUGAAGCAAGUAAUAGUAAUUAUGAUAUUAGGUAUAUUAAAGCUGUAAAGUUUAGCGUUAAUCGACUUGAGGGUCCAGCUGAGAAACGCGUGGCAAUUUCAACUAAAGAAUCAGAUGUUUUAGAGUGUGGUUUGUUAUUGAAAAGUGUCGGCUAUAAAAGUGUGCCAGUGCAUGGUUUACCUUUUGAUGAGAAAAAAGGAAUUGUUCCUAAUGACAAAGGAAAAAUAAUAGAGUUGGAAAGCAAUAAUGAGUUACCAGGUCUCUAUGUAUCAGGAUGGCUAAAACGAGGUCCACAAGGAGUUAUAGCUACAACAAUGUAUGAUGCAUUUGAAACAGCUGAAACAAUAAUAUCUGAUAUACAACAGAAUAAACCAAUGUUAUCAGGAUCAUUAUCUCAUCUAGAUGAUAAUUCUUCAUCAUCACCUAAACCUGGCAUAAAUGCCAUAUUGCCCAUUCUUAAAGAACGCGGCGUACGUGUUGUUUCCUAUAAUGAUUGGAAAAAAAUUGAAGAGAAGGAAAUCGAAGAGGGAAGAAAAAAAGAUAAACCACGAGAGAAAUGUGGAAUUGAAGAAGCGUUUGGAGAAUCAGGAGGACUUUUUAUAACGCUGUUUAAUAAUUAUAUUAGAGCAUUAUUAGAUAAUAGUGAUUCACGACAAAUAUUUUAUUUUCUAUUACUAAAUUUAAGUUAUAUGUUUGUUCAAAUGGUUUAUGGAUUUUGGACAAAUAGUUUGGGUUUGAUUUCGGAUGCUAUUCACAUGUUCUUUGAUUGUUUGGCUUUAGCGGUAGGAUUACUAGCGGCUAUAAUGAGCAAAUGGCCUGAAAAUAAUAAAUUUACAUACGGUUAUGGACGUAUAGAAACACUUUCAGGAUUUGCAAAUGGGAUCUUUCUUGUUUUCAUAUCCAUAUUUAUAAUGUUUGAGGCAAUAGGUAGAUUAAUAAAUCCACCAGAGAUGAAUACGGAUAGACUAUUAUUAGUUAGUUUCUUGGGAUUGGUUGUUAAUUUGGUUGACAAUGCUAAUAUGCAAGGAAUUUAUCUUCAUAUAUUAGCUGACACACUUGGAUCAAUUGGAGUUAUUAUAUCCACCUUAUUAAUACAACGGUUUGGUUGGACAGGUUUUGAUCCAUUGGCAUCAAUGUUGAUAGCGGGUUUGAUUUUCAUGAGUGUCAUCCCGUUAAUAAAACAUUCUGCAUCAGUUCUAAUGCUGUCCAACAACGAGAAACUUGAAAAUCAAAUAAAUGAAGCGUUGGAGGAGGUGUUGAAUAUCGCUGGUAUCAUAUCUUAUACAAUGCCGAGAUUUUGGCCGAAUGAUGGCGAGUGUUUGAUUGGUAGUAUACAUAUUCAAAUUGCAGAGAAUAAAAGUAUUAAUAAAGAUAGUAAUAACAAAACAGAUGGAAAUGAUAUUGUUGAAGAAGAACGAAAUGUUAUCAUCAACACAAUUACCGAAAUAUUAAAGUCUCGUAUACGUGGAUUGGAAGAGAAUUUUAAUUUUAUUGGCGGUGGUGGUGGCAGAUUGAAUGAUUUGAAGAUUGAAUGA